AUGAGUCUUUCUUCUCAAUUGAUAAGUGAACUCAUUGAUGCCUACAAAAAACGUUCAAGUAAACAAGUAUUAUAUAUUUCCAUUGCUUUGGGAAUUGUCGCAUUAAUUGGUAUAAUAUUAUUUGGAGUUUCAUAUGCAAUACCUCAAUGCCAUGAGUCCGCUCGAGAAUGUCCACAAACCCGCACAACACUGUUUAUAGUUGGUAUAUCCUUUGGUGGGACUUUUGGCGUCGCUAUCCCUCUUCUUUUGUGUAUUUGGAGAUGUCAAAUGUUCUGUGAGUUGAGCGAUUUGGACUCUCCUGAAAGUCGAGACGGAGCCAUUAUUUGGAGACUUGACGGUGAAGAAUGGAUUCGCUAUUUAAACUAUAUUCAUGGUCCUGAUCGACAAUGGGCGGACGCGGGUCCUCUAUCAUCAUUCUGUUGUCGACGUGAAUCUUAUGAACGAUUGGCAAAUCGUCAAUAUGGUCACAUCGUCUUUUAUAGAAAUGGUUUCAUCAUUGACGAAUUACAUUUUAUUUCAUUUGAGACAUACCAUUUACUAGGUAUCGACUUACAGAAUUUUGGUCAACAACCAUCAACAUUAGGUUUAAGAUUUCGUACGUAUUUGCAAGCUGGCAAGAAUAGCCGAAAUGUUUAUUUUCAUUUAUUUGCACCAUCAUCGGUUACACGACAACAGCAGCUGGCGAUUGCUCAAUGGUAUAAUCCAAUAAUAUCUGGAUCUAAUGGAUUAAAUAUGGCUUUGGGAGGACUUCAACUUGCUGCAGCAGUAAUACAAUCAGCUACCUGA